GCUCUGAACUAAGCUCGGUUGUUGACACUGUCCAAAACCUCGCACGGCACCUACGGAUAACGGAGACACCAGCGCAGCUCCUGCCAGCUCCUUCUAUACUCAUCAAUCCAGGGACGGAACACCGUCCCGCCGACGGCUCGCUCGGGAUUGUUUUCUUGUGGAUGUCCCCUUUUCACUGUCGGGGUUUUGAACUUUUCUUACACCCGGCCAGCUCUUGGUCGUCAACCCGGUCGUCUCUCCUUCCCCUGGUUCCUGCAAAGCGCAGACAGACAUGGCAGAGAAGCGGCGGUCCCCGUGCGCGCUGAGCGUAAAGGCGCACGCCUUCUCAGUGGAAGCGCUGAUUGGGGCGGAAAAGCGACGCAGGACCUCCGGAGAGGAUGCCGUGUCCCCCGGCUACGAGGACGGACAUGAUGUGUCUGAUUUAACCGGGACCGCGGGACUGCGCGCCGGCACAGCGUGCGCCAGUGACCGGGGCAGCGAAGCCGAGUGCGCCAGUGACGGAUCCCAGAGCGAGGAUGCGCUUCUGGAGAGCCCGCAGCCCACAGCCGUGUGCACGGCCCCCGUGACCGGCACCGGCACCGGGGAGGAGACCCGCGUGGACCUGCAGGGGUCCGACCUGUGGAAGCGCUUCCACGAGAUUGGCACGGAGAUGAUAAUCACCAAGGCUGGACGGCGGAUGUUCCCCGCUAUGCGUGUGAAGAUUACGGGCUUGGACCCCCAUCAGCAGUACUACAUCGCCAUGGAUAUAAUCCCCGUGGACAACAAACGGUACAGGUAUGUGUAUCACAGCUCCAAGUGGAUGGUGGCAGGGAACGCUGACUCCCCCGUGCCGCCCAGAGUUUACAUCCACCCGGACUCUCCAGCCUCAGGGGAGACAUGGAUGCGCCAAGUGGUCAGCUUUGACAAGCUCAAACUGACCAACAACGAGCUGGACGACCAGGGACAUAUCAUUCUUCACUCCAUGCACAAGUAUCAGCCGCGGGUCCACGUCAUCCGUAAGGAGUGUGGAGAGGAGUUGUCUCCAGUGAGAGCCGUCCCCACAGGGGAAGGCACCCACACCUUCGCCUUCCCCGAGACCGUGUUCACCACCGUCACAGCAUAUCAGAACCAGCAGAUUACGAGGCUGAAAAUUGACAGGAACCCUUUUGCUAAGGGCUUCAGAGACUCUGGCAGAAACCGGAUGGGUUUGGAGGCGUUGGUGGAGUCGUAUGCAUUCUGGCGUCCAUCUCUGCGAACGCUGACGUUUGAAGACAUCCCCGGCAUGGCCAAACAAGGAGUACCAGGAGUCCACGGAGGGAUUGGAACACCAUCUCAUCUGCUCUCCACGUCCCCGUGCUCGUCACCUUUCCAGGUGUGUCCGCUUAGCCCGCCGGACUACACUUGUAGCCGGCCCACGCACCCGCUCCACCGCUACGGCAGUCCCCCUGAGCCGUUCCACCCUCCCAGAGGUCCAUCCGGCUACGAAAGCGAAGGAUUCUGCUCCUUGCCUCUUCCUGCGGCACAGCUGGGCUACCUGUCCAACCCCACCCCGCAGGGUUACGCUAGCCUCCGCCUCCACACACCGCCCUACAGCCUGUACGGUUACACAUUCCCCCCCUCACCGCGUCUCGCUGCCAGCCCCGAUAAAAUGGCCACCAACGUCACCGCCAGCCAUCAGAGCCCGUUUCUUGGCUCGUCUCCCAGCGGGACCUUAACAGACAGUCUCGGUGUGCUCGGCGGAGGACAGCAGGCCUUCUUGUUUGACUCUCGGACCUUGGGAGUGGCGAGCGGCCAGCCGGGAGGCGGGGCAUCACAAGUCACUGCCCACAUGGGCUGAAUUUGACCGCUUUGUCGUGAAAGCGAAAUGACACCGUGGGAAUUUUUUUGAUUUUGAUCGAGAACAGUAUGAAAUAAUUAUCAACGUGCCGAUGGUGACUGUUGACAAACAGAAGAGUGACAGAUCCAUUGGCUGCUUCUUUAAACUCUGUGAGCUUGUCAAAGUUGAAUCCGAGGGGAAUACUGUCCUUACCUGUUGAGCGUGACGUCGGCCGGGACAGAGUCCGGCACACUCCGCAACCCUUGAAGGAAUGAAGUGGCUACACAAACUAAACGGACGGAUUGGUCCCUGUGACGGGAACGUGCUCUGUGGUGUUCACAGCAGGAACACAUGCGAAUAAAGUCCAGAGACCAUCGACUUCACUGAAACCAAGAGGGUUCAGACAACUAAAGCUAGCACUUCAACCCAUGGAAGGAAGCCCUGACGCGGCUAUAAACUCACGGAGAAUCGGACAUUGCCUGCAUCGUGCCUACUUUGGAUGGAGCUACUACACACUAAUUGCUUUAUUAUUAAAUGUCACUGUUCUUAACCUACUACACAUAUUAAUAUGCACUACAAACAGGGCCCUUUUACUUAAAAAAGACUUUUACACAACAUCUGGGGCCUGACACAUUAACACGAUGACGUCAUAGCAAUGAGAGACCACUGGAGAUGUCCCGGUUUUGGACCAAUGUGGUUGAAACUGUGGGAAAGUGUUAGAUGGUGACCUUAUCUACACUUUUUACAUCUGGUUUGACAGAUGUUGUCGUGAUGCAGCUCUGAGGACACAAGACUGAAGUAAAGUUUUCCUUUGUGAGACAUAGACUGAAGGUACAUCUCUCUGUAAAAAAAAAAAAAAAAGGGAUGGGUGGGAGGAGAGAUGUGUUCACGAGGGCUGUGUGACCCUUUCGCACUUAAAAACCCCAAUCCACCUGCUUCUGCUCUUUAGACUGGGUCAGGUGCGCAACAGCCAACCCUAAACCUUUUCUUUUGAAACACACUAAGACAACAGCCCUUUGGCCAGAGAACAUGAACAUGUUCUGUGACCUUUAUGAGCCAAAUAAAAUAUAUAUAUACAUACUAUGAUGUUUGGA